UAUAAAUUAUAGCGAAUUUUCUUUCUUUUUUUCUUUUUUUCUUCUUUCUUUCUCAGUUUUAUUAACCCAAAUCAUGUCUGCUACAAUUGCGGCAAAACGCUUACAAAAUUUGAAGCAUCAUUUAGCUCCAAAUGAUGAUCCCCAUUUUGAAUCAUUACGUAUCCAAAGAAGACCUGAACAGGUUCCUCAUAUGUCCAAAUUGGAUCCUCUGCAGUUUUUACUCAGAAGUGCUCUGGUGCAUACACAUAAGCCUGCAAUUAUUCAUCGUCAGCAAUCGUAUACAUAUUUAGAGCUGUCCGAUCGUGUCAAAUCUCUUGCGAAUGUUCUGAUCGAUACCUAUAACGUCAAACCUGGUGAUCGUGUUGCUAUUCUGUGCCAAAAUAUUACUGCAUUCGUUGAUGCCCAGUUUGCUAUCCCCGCCAUAGGUGCUAUUUCGGUUCCUGUAAAUACAAGACUAGCAGCUAAGGAGAUCGAUUACGUAAUCGAGCAUUCAGGUGCAUCUGUUUUGAUUAUUCAACAAGAGUUUAUGGGCCGUCUUAGCGAAGAAUCAAAAUCUUUGGUUAAUCAUGUCAUUGAAGUGGCCGAUUGUGAUGACCCUACAAAAGAUCCAUAUGAAAGACUUCUGAAAUCUAGCAAAAAUCGUUUAUCAUGGAAUGAUAUGCCCAUGGAACAAGACGAAAAUGCCACAAUCUCCAUUAACUACACUUCUGGAUCGACUGGAAAACCUAAGGGUGUAAUGGUAAGCUACCGCGGAGCUUAUAUGAUGGCUAUUGGUAUGGCGAUCCAUGAUAUGCUUUCUUCAAAGACUGUUUAUUUGUGGACAUUACCCAUGUUCCAUUGUAACGGAUGGGGAUUUCAUUGGGCGAUAGUUAUGGUUGGUGGUACUCAAGUCAUGCUAAAUAAAUUAGACUACACUUAUAUUUGGAAACUCUUAAAAGAUUAUGGCGUUACCCACUACAAUGGUGCACCUACAGUUCAGAACGAAAUUUGUAACCAUCCUGAUGCGGUUAGGUUAAAUAAUUCUGUUAAAGCUUACAGCGGAGGAUCUGCAUUAUCAAGCACACUCAUUCGUCGUAUGACAAACUUAAACCUGGAACCAACACAAGUCUAUGGCCUUACAGAAACCUAUGGCCCAGCUGUUUUGACCUAUGACGCUCAUACUUUAUCUCCAUAUACCGAAGAGGAAAGACAUAAACUCUUAGCACGUCCUGGUUUUGGCAUUGUUACAGCAGAUGAGGUUCGUAUCUUGAAUGUAGAAACAGCACGGGAUGUAAAACCCAACGGAAAAGAAAUUGGUGAAAUCUGCUUUACAGGAAACUUGGUCAUGAAAGGAUAUUACAAAAACCCAGAGGAAACCAAGAAGGCCUUCCGUAAUGGUGUAUAUUGGUCUGGCGAUCUUGCUGUUAGACAUCCUGACGGAUCCAUGGAAAUUGUCGACAGGAGUAAGGAUGUGAUUGUCUCUGGUGGUGAAAAUAUUAGCUCGAUAGAAGUGGAAAGUGUCAUUGUUCAACUGGAUGAAAUUAAUGAAUGCGCUAUCGUUGGAGGUCCUGAUGAUAAAUGGGGCGAAAGACCAGUUGCUUUUGUUGUGCUCAAAAACAACAGUAACUUAAGUGAACAACAAAUUAUUGAUCAUUGCAGAAAUUCUUUAGCUGGAUAUAAGUGCCCUGCAAAAGUUGUGAUUGUUGGCGAGAUUCCCAAAACAAGUACCGGCAAAGUGCAAAAAUUCGUAUUACGCGAGAAGUUAUGGAAGAAUUACGAAAAGAAAAUCAACUAAUCAACAAUGACCGGUGACUUUGCAUAACAUAAUAAUAGAAAUAAACAAAGGAUAAUUUAACCAAAGCACUUUAAAAACUGUAUUAUAUGCUGCAUGAAGUUUGAAUUUUUCGGAAUAAAGAGCAUCUUCUCUUUAUGUACUCC